AUGGCAAGGGAGCAUCCAGGAGGAUCUCCGAAACCUUACCAUUACACAGAAGCAAAAAGAAAGCGCCUCACUUACAUAUUUGGUGUAAGUGCACUUUGUGUUCUGUUCUACAUCCUUGGCGCUUGGCAAGGCAAACCACCCGCCAUUGCCAACAAAUUUCAACAACCAAUAACCAACAACAACAUCGACUGCACUAAUACUGCAUCGCCUGAAGCAUCAAAGCUCGGAAACAUCAACAACAACAACGACAACAACAACAACAACAACAACAACAACAACAACAACAACAACCCGACUCCAGGAACAGCUAGCUUAGACUUUGAAAGUCAUCAUAAGUUAGAAAUGAAUGAAACUGAUGAAAUAGCUGUGAAAGAGUUUCCUCCAUGUGAUAUGUCUUACAGUGAGUAUACACCUUGCCAAGAUCCUAGGAGAGGCAGAAAAUUUGAUCGUAACAUGUUGAAGUAUAGAGAACGGCAUUGUCCUAGUAAAGAAGAGAUGAUGCAAUGUCUUAUACCGCCUCCUCCAAAGUAUAAGACUCCAUUUAAGUGGCCUCAAAGUAGAGAUUAUGCUUGGUAUGAUAACAUUCCACAUAAAGAACUUAGUAUUGAGAAAGCUAUACAAAAUUGGAUCCAAGUUGAAGGUGAUCGUUUUCGGUUUCCUGGAGGAGGUACCAUGUUUCCUCGUGGCGCGGAUGCUUAUAUUGAUGAUAUUAAUGCUCUUAUUCCUCUUACUGAUGGAAAUAUUCGAACUGCCAUUGAUACUGGUUGUGGGGUUGCUAGUUGGGGGGCUUACUUAUUAAAGAGAGACAUCAUUGCUAUGUCUUUUGCACCACGAGACACGCAUGAAGCCCAAGUGCAGUUUGCAUUAGAGCGCGGAGUUCCUGCUAUGAUUGGCAUCAUGGCUUCCCAGAGGCUUCCUUAUCCUGCUAGAGCUUUCGACAUGGCUCACUGUUCCCGCUGCUUAAUACCCUGGCAGAAGUAUGACGGAUUAUAUCUAAUGGAAGUGGAUAGAAUUUUAAGACCUGGUGGUUAUUGGAUUCUUUCUGGACCUCCUAUUCGCUGGAAAAAGUACUGGAGAGGUUGGGAAAGAACUCAGGAAGAUCUAAACCAAGAACAAGAUUCGAUUGAGGAUGUUGUGAAGCGAUUGUGCUGGAAAAAAAUCAUUGAACAAGGUGAUCUCUCCAUUUGGCAGAAACCCAUAAAUCACAUUGAAUGUAUCAAGAGCAAGAAAACUUAUCCUACCCCACAUAUUUGCAAAUCAGACAAUUCAGAUGCUGCUUGGUACAAAGAUAUAGAGGCUUGCAUAGCCCCAUUGCCUGAAGUAAGUAACUCAGAUGAAGUAGCAGGUGGAGCUCUCGAGAAAUGGCCUGAGCGCGCGUUAUCUGUUCCUCCUCGAAUAAGCAGCAAUUCUGUGCCAGGAAUUUCUACAGAAAAAUUCAGAGAGGACAAUGAUUUAUGGAAAGAUAGAAUUGCAUAUUAUAAGAAGAUUGUUCCUCCUUUACCUAAAGGACGUUAUCGAAAUGUGAUGGAUAUGAAUGCAUACUUGGGUGGUUUUGCUGCAGCUAUGAUUAAGUAUCCUGUUUGGGUUAUGAAUGUGGUUCCUGCCAAUUCAAAUCCAGAUACUCUGGGUGUGGUUUAUGAGCGCGGUUUCAUUGGAGUAUACCAUGACUGGUGUGAAGCAUUCUCUUCAUAUCCAAGAACAUAUGAUCUUAUUCAUGCUGGUGGUGUUUUCAGCAUCUACCAAGAUAGGUGUGACAUUACCAACAUUUUGCUGGAGAUGGAUAGAUUGCUUAGGCCAGAAGGAACAGUAAUAUUCCGAGACACAGUGGAAGUUCUGGUGAAGAUUCAAGCUAUCACAAACAGAAUGAAGUGGAAAAGCCAUAUUUCAGAUCAUGAAAAUGGCCCCUUCAACCCAGAGAAAAUUUUGGUUGCUGUUAAAACAUACUGGACAGGAGGAGACGCGCCAGAGAAGAGCUAAUAUUAGUUCAUAAACAAAUUUUCAUG